GUGGCGGCAAGGUGCUUGGUCCUCGCUCUCUCUUCUGGGAGCUGAUACUCCCUGCGCUUGUUGUCACUGAGUGUGUCGACCUCUCUGACUUGGGCAAGAAGUGGUUCUGUAUUUCUAUCUCUUCUCCUUCUCUCUAACUUCACGAAACGCCGCCAUGCCUCCCUUGAAGACAUUCGGUGAAGCAGAAAUCGGCGUUGGAGGAGAAGACACGACCUCGGGAGGCCAGAUAAACCCAGCAUUCGUCAGCAUCCAAGAAGAUGAAGUGACCGAUCUCGCACGCGCCGCCACCCCCGUCGCGAACGGAAGACCUGCAGAAGACAAGACUGGCUCCACUGAUGCCAAGCGCCCACCGUCAGGUCGAAUCUCUCCUUCAGACGUAAAAGCCAAGGGAAAACAGUUCGACCUGGUGAAAGAGCUGACCACAGGCGAAGAUUUGGUCAAGUCUGUCGGUGGAUUUGGUCCUGUGUGGAAGGCCGACGAAGGACAGAGGAAAGACGAGGACACCGGCCAGCCCGAUCCGGAUGACGGCCUAGCAAUCGGCACACAGGCAGUGGGUGUGGUGAUGGCUUCCCUCACCCACUUAGCAAUCGGCACGAUCGUGGGUCUCCCUGGUGUGACGUUGCCGCAACUCACGGAUCCGAACACGACGGACAUCUUUCUCGACACAGCCCAGGUGGCGCUCUUUGGCAGUUUGGUCCACAUAGGUGCCAUCGUGGGAUCUCUUUUGGGCGGAGCGUUAAAUCUGCGACUGGGUCAGCGAGUGACCCUGCUGAUAGCGAUGCCCUUAUCGCUGGUGCUGUGGCUGGCUCUAGCCUUUUCUCCGGCAGUGUGGAUGGUGCAGGUGGCACGCACACUACUUGGAGUCGCCCAGGGCCUUGCUGGCGCCGCGGCCAACAAUUAUGUAGUAGAGGUGGCCCACACCUCCGUGCGAGGCCGCUUUGCUGGCUUCGUCGACACAGCCAGACAGCUUGGCUUCCUGUUCGCUUACGUCGUCGGGAGCACUGGCUUGUCUUGGCGCCACGUAAGCCUCGUGUGCGGCUUCGUGACGGCCAUCCCCCCCUUCAUCGGCCUCCUCUUCCUGCCCAACUCGCCUCGAUGGCUGGUGACCCGGGGGCGCCUGGAGGAGGCCCAUAAGGCACUGAAGUUCUACCGAGGCCCACGCUACGACGUCUCCUCCGAGCUGAACACCAUCACCGAGCAAAUCGACCGCACCUCCAGCAGCACCAUGGGCACCAAGGACCAGCUGCGCCUGCUGAGGGAACCGUCUGUGAGUCGGCGUCUAGUGCUGCUCACCUUUCUCAUGUUCAUCCUGCAGUUCACGGGCAACAUAACCAUCGCCACAUAUGUCGUGACGAUCCUAAAGUCCUCUAACACAGGAGUGGAUGCCUAUACGAGCGCCAUGUUGGUGGGUGGCAUCCGCGUCGUAGGAACCGUCGCCUUCCUGCUCCUGGUGGACCGUGUGGGCCGGAAAGCCAUCGUGCUGGCCACGUGCGCCGCCUGCUCCGUGUGCCUCACGGUGUUCGGGGUGUAUUUCUACCUGCAGAACCAGAGCGCCGACCUCAGCCACUUGACGUGGCUGCCCCUCACAGUGCUUCUGCUUUACAUGCCUCUCGUGUGCGCGCUGGAAGCUGCCACUUGCCUACUUCGGGGAGAGCUUCUUCCCACCAACGUCAGAGCCGUGGGCGCUGCCCUCAUGUACAUCUUUUUCUUCUUGGGCAUGUUCGCCACCGCCCACUCCUUCCCUGCCAGCGUAUCCACCAUCGGAGAGCACGGAGUCUUCUGGCUGUACGCGGGGUCGUGCCUCCUGAUGGCGGCGGUGGUGGGCCUCACGGUACCUGAAACCCGCGGACUUUCCCUCGAACAGAUUGACGACUUCUUCCGAGCGCAGAGAAAACGCACGGACACUUCGCAGAUAGAAAAAGAUUCGAAAAGUUAAUGCGCUUUAUCUUUUUUUAUCUUUAAAAUGACAAAAUGUAACGUUUAAGUAUUGUCAAUGCGCUUAUGUUUUCUUUGUUACUUGUUGUUUUUUAAAUAAAGAUUAGUUUAUUUUUGCGAGCAAACCUGGAAACCUCUUCACAAAAACAGAUUACACAAUGUUAACUCCCAAUAUUUAUGUUAUUUACAGAACACGAGUACUUUCACCUCGAAAUAAAUGACAGUGGAAAAGGUUGUAAGGUUCAUUUGCUAUAUUUACAGGGUUUCUAUACUGUUCGUUAUGUUUUAAUACUUUUUAUGCCCAUAUAGGAUCUCCAAGAAUCCUGCUUACUCGGAGUAACAGUCUCUCACUGUCCAUUCCAGAGUCCUUUUACAGAGUGCGCCGUCCUAGCCCUUGCGAAGGGGUUCGUGACGUAAAACCGUAUCAUUAAACCAUUUCGUUUAAUCAUCUACAAACGUUGUCUUCACUUAUAUUAUAUCAUUAAACCUAUUCUAUUUUUGGAAUAUAUUUCGUAGACAUUUUUGCAAGUCAUUAGUUUGAUUGUGGCUAAGGGCCUGUCUGUUGGAAAAUGUAUUCAACCAAAGGUUGUGAGUGGUCUUGCCGAAUUAGCUACCUG